CGCAACUCUCUCGGCCUUUAAAUACCCACUACCCUCCCACCAUCUCACACAACGUCUCCUUGCUCUCUCCCACUCUCCAAUUCCUGAAAAACCAGAAGGAAAAGAAACCCGACUAAUUUUUCAGAGAAAAACCAAUCCUCCAUGGCCAAGAAGAAGAACGGCGGCGGCGGCGGUAACACCGCCAGCAACGACGGGGGUGAGAAGAAGAAGGGCGACGGGGGUGAGAAGAAGAAGGGCGACGGAGGUGAGAAGAAGGAGGAAACCCCCAUCACUGUCAUCCUGAAGAUUGACAUGCACUGUGAGGGCUGCGCUACCAAGAUUGUCAAAUGCGUCAAAAGUUUUGCAGAGGUGGAGACAGUGAAGUCAGAAAGCCAGGCGAACAAGCUGACGGUGGUCGGGAAAGUGGACCCCAUCACUCUCCGGGACAAACUCGCCGCCAAGACCAAUAAGAAGGUCGACCUCGUCUCCCCCCAGCCCAAAAAGGACAACAAAGACGAUGGCGACAGCGGCGACGCCAAGAAAAAGCCGCCGGAGAAAUCCAACGACGACAAAAAAACCAAAGAGCCUCCGGUGACGACGGCGGUUCUGAAGCUGAACCUCCACUGCCAGGGAUGCAUCCAGAAGAUCCACAGGAUCGUCACCAAGACGAAAGGGUUCACCGAGAUGAGCAUCGACAAGGAGAAGGAUCUGCUGAUGGUGAAGGGCUCGAUGGACAUGAACGUUCUGGCAGAGAACUUGAAGGAGAAGCUGAGGAGGUCCGUCGACAUUGUCCCGCCGAAGAAAGAGAAGGAGAAGGGCGACAAUAACGGCGGAGGCGGGGAUAAGAAGAAAAAGGAAGGGGAGGAGGGAAAGGAGGGUGGGAAACUUGAGGGGAACAGGAUGGAUUUUCCUCCGGGUCCGACCGGGUACGGGCAGCAGAUUCCAUACGUGAUCCCAUACGGCCCUGGAUACGGAGCACCCGGAUACCCGAUUCCGCCUCCACCAAUGUACUUGGGCAACCCGCCGGAGAUGUUCAGCGACGAGAACCCUAAUGCCUGCUCAAUUAUGUGAAGAAAUUGCUGAAUUAAGAAGGGAUUAGAGUUAAUAAGAAGUUGAUAUGAAAAAGAGCAGAAAAAACAAAACUUGUAAAUAAGAGAAUAGACGGGGGUAGAUAUGAGAUAAAUUUUGGUGGAUCGGGUUCGUCUCUGAACCGGUUUGGAACACUGCGAUUUGUUUUUGUUGUUAUUCCUACGGUUGUGAUCUGGUUUAGUGAUGCUAUUGUUGGUUACAAUUUCAAGUUUCUACUCUUCGGAAAUGUUACUUUUGCUCCUUUGAAAUAUCAAUGGAAGACUAUUUAGAUAUAA